CAUACUCAAGCCGAAAGAAAAAUCAUGGAGGAAAAGAAAGAGGCCUUGAGGAGGGCAGCUUCUGAAAGCAGCUUAGCAGGCUCAAUUUUAAGAGAGAAAUUAGCUAAACUUGAUUCUAAGAAACCUCGGCCAUAUGGAACUAUACAUGCAGCUAAUGAAGUGUAUAGUGAAGCUGGUAUUGUUGGAUUUUGGAAGGGUGUCAUUCCUGCACUUAUUUUGGUCUGCAAUCCAUCAAUACAGUUUAUGAUUUAUGAGAGCUCAUUAAAGCGUCUAAAGGCGCGGUCGGCUAAGAAGCAGGGUGGUAUAACUGCAUUGGAGGUAUAGAGCACAGUUAGAAGCCCUUUUUAAUUUGUUUGAUGGAAAAUUACAUUGAUUUGUGUCAUAUUUGUUGAAAUUCAAUUUGACUCUUCUUUAUUUCUAAACAC